AUGAAGCAGUCGAGCGCCAUGGCUGAGGAGUUGAAACGGCUCAAAGAGCAGCUGGAGGAGAAGGAGCGCGCCAUGAGAGAGUUGCAACAGUCCAUGGGCAGCAGCGAAGAGAAGAAGAUGGAGGCGCUCGCGAAGCGCACCGCCGAGUGGUCAGAGGCCAAGGCACAAGUCUCGGAGCUGAACCUCCAAGUGACCAAGCUCCAGCAGGAGCUGGCUGGUCGUCAGCAAGAGCUGCAAGAGGCCUUGGCUGCCCUGGAGGCCGAAAAGCAAAAAGUUGUACCGGUUCCCGAGCUGUUCCAGGCUCCGGCAGCGCCGGUGGAGUCGGAGGAGUCGGAGGCCCUGCGGCGGCAGCUGGUGCGCCCGGGAUCACCGGAGGGGCUGGAGCGUGGUUGA